CCCUAUCUGCCAAUCUCGUCGCUACCAACUUGGCUCUCGACGGUCAAGCGACCCCCAUCGACGGCCAAGUAGCCUCCCUAACCUCGCGAAACAACUUUAUCAAUUUCUGCGCGGGCAAGACCAUCACCAACGGCCAACAAGUCACGGGUGGAUCCUGCAACCCCAUCCCCAUGGGCGACAUCAUCCCCCAAGCCAACAUGCCCAGCUGCAAAUUCCAGUUCCCCGAAAACUUUGGAACAAUCGCCGCCAACCAACCCUUCACCGUCCGUAUGCGUCUCAACAACCUCCAAGCCGGUACAUUCACCAACGCUCAAAAGACGUACUAUAUGGCUCCCCAAUUCUUGAACGGCAACACGCUCAUCGGACACACCCACGUUGUCAUUCAACAGAUGGGUGCCUUUGACGACCCCGCCAUCUUGGAUCCCAAGACGUUUGCCUUCUUCAAGGGUGUCAAUACCGGUCAGGUUAAUGGUGUUGUUACUGCGGAUGUCACUGCUGGUCUUCCGGCUGGUAACUAUCGCAUGGCAUCGAUCAACACGUCCGCCAACCACACGCCCGCCAUCGCCGCGGUCGCUCAACACG